GGUGUUAUUGAGUGGCAGAACGAGAUGGGAAGUGGCGGGGUGGACCCCAGUAUCAAAGGUGCGCUCUCGUACAGGAAGUACUGGGCACAAAAGAAGCUGGAUAGCUAUCGUAAGGCGUGCCCCUGCCCUGCGUUCAUCAUCUCCAUCGCUGGUCCGUGGAUGGCCAUUCACGGCGCUGCAUUCACCGAGUAUGCAGCAGCCGAACCUCUCACGGACUUUGUGCGCAUUGGUGCCUAUCAGACGGAAGAGAUGCAUCUCUAUGACGCAGCACGCACACUCGUUGCUCUGCGAAACGGCUUGCAAGCCCUCGACGACUAUUAUAAACGCACAUUCCCCGACAUCCCCACACCACCCGCGCCUACUGGCGAACGCUUCUUCCCCUGGCUCCAUGAAUUCGUGCUCAACAGAGGCGUCGACGGCGCUGAAGAGGGCGAGACAGUGACAAUGGAGUACAUCACCAAGCUCGCGGACGACAGCCCCGUGAAACCCAUCUAUCGCGCGCGACGCAGCGACACUGGCGCACCAUUGGUGGUCAAGUUCGUGCAGCGGUACAACGCAGCUGCCCACGCUCUUCUCGCUUCGCGCGGGAUGGCGCCGCGUCUGCUACACGCCGGCCCCGGGAUCGGCGACCUGCAGCUAGUGGUGAUGGAGUACAUCCAGGGAACGAACGCGGAGGAGGCGUUUGGCGGGAACGUACUCCCGCCGUCAGUGUUCACUCAGGUUGAAAGGGCGGUGGCGACGCUGCAUUCGGGCAAGUUCGUGUUUUGGGAUCUGCGCUCGGCGAACGUGAUGAUCGCCGCGGAGGACGAACGGCCCUUGAUGAUCGACUUUGACUGGUGUGGUGUGGAUGGGGAGACGGUGUACCCCGUGAGCACGAACGAUAUGGAUGUGGAUUGGCAUCCUGGAGUGCGGAGGGGAGAGCCGAUGCGGUGCGAGCAUGAUUUGUGGAUGUUGGAGAAGAUGCGCCCAACCUUGAAAGAAAUAGAAAAUAAUUAGAAAGAGGCAUUUGGGAUCCAUAAAUAA